GGAAGGGUGUCGGGUGGGUACGUGAUUUAUUUAAUACUGCUGGUGGUGGUGAAAAAGUGCGUAUGAUGAUGAUUAUAGAUAGAGGUGAAAGGAAUCCAAAAAUUGUAGUGUGUGUAAAAAUGACGUAGAAUAAGGCAGGUGCGAAUGUAACAAUGUUGAGUACAGCUGGUCCACCAGCGGCGCCAGGACCCCUAGACACUGGACCCUCUGUACUGGGGGGAGCGCAGGAGCACCGAAGAUACCCUGGAUACCCUGGCCCUGGUUUGUACACCCGUUCGGGACAACGCAGUAGACGCACGAGUGCGGCGUACAAAGUGUACAAGGAGCACUAACUACACGACGGACUGAGCGUUACACCGUAAACACGCUGUAAACGCAGGGUAAACGCAGUACAGCGCUGCACUGGAACCCAACUGUCCCUCCGCCCUCCAUCGUGUGCUACUGUACCGGUUCGCUUUACCGGGACUUUGACUGAGCGGGAAAAUACAGUGGUUUUGCAGUAAAUCGUUGCAUUGUGGGCAACGUGUGAAUGAAGUGCGAUUUACGGGAAUAUUGGGGGGCUGCGUUUGCUGGGGGGGGGGGGCGCUAAGCAGGUUGGGAGAACCGGAUUGACGUUCAAGUCCUGGAGGAAAAGGGCUCCUCGGACCAAGAGCUUUAUGCCCCGGUGUCCAGGUGUCCAAUAAAGGCAUGUGGACGUCCUGCUGCCGCUGGUUCUGCGCGGAUGCGGCCGGUACCAGAGUGGAGGACAGCACAGCAGCGCGGCGCACCUACAUGAGCUCCGGGUGCGGCCGGCCGCCGCCUGCCUCCGCCGAUGUCCUGUGCAAGGCGUGCGGCGGCUGCUUUGGCACCUUGACCCACAAGCACGUGUGCGUGGACUGCAAGAAGAACUUCUGCAGCCGUUGCUUCGUGCAGCUGGAGCUGCGCCCGCGGCUCUGCCUCACGUGCCAGCGCUUCCACCGCACCCUCUUUGACCGCGCCGAGCUCAUGAGGCUCAAGGUGAAGGAUCUGCUCGACUACCUGCACCUGCACGAGGUUCCCACGCAGACGUGCCGCGAGAAGGAGGAGCUCGUGGAGCUGGUGUUGGGACAGCGGAGCCCCAGCAGUACCAGCAGUGGCGGCGAAGCGGUCACCCAGCGGGGGGCACCCCAGCGACGGACUGCCGCCGUGGCCACGCCCCCAAGCCCACCGGCCCCUGUGGUGCUGAGGCCUCGCAGUCCGGAGGAAGACCAGGCUCCGUUCGUGCCAUUGGCCUCGAGACCGGAGGACACACCUGUCCAGGAGGAGGACACGGAGGCCCAGGAGGAUUCAGAGUCCCAGUCCUCGGAUGUGGAGGAGAACCUGGUCCCUGGGCGCAGGGCCUCUCUGUCCGACCUAAGCUGCGUGCGGGACAUCGAGGCGCUUAGCGUACGGCAGCUCAAGGAGAUCCUGGCGCGCAACUUUGUGAGCUACGCGGGCUGCUGCGAGAAGUGGGAGCUGAUGGAGAGGGUCACGCGGCUCUUCAACGAGCACAAGGACCUCCGGCGGCUCGCUUCCAAAAGUAAAAGUGGCUCAGAGAAAGCGCCAACUCAGCCGGCGCUCGAGGAGAACCUGUGCAAGAUCUGUAUGGACUCGCCCAUCGACUGCGUCCUGCUGGAGUGCGGCCACAUGGUCACCUGCAGCAAGUGUGGCAAGCGCAUGAACGAGUGCCCCAUCUGCAGGCAGUACGUGGUGCGCGCCGUGCACGUCUUCAGGUCCUGAUGCACCCAGCGGGGAGCGCCGCCGGAGACACACCCUUGGCGCACACCCACACGCAGAGAUAACGCUGAACGCAUGGGUCCGAUGAAUGGCACCUCCUGUCCAGCAGGAAGGGGAGGGAUCGGCCAGCCGGCCGUCAACAGCGGCCGUCAUGUCCUUCCAGGGCCAGCAUUUAGCCCAGGGGACCAGAGUGUCCAGGCUUCUCCUGCAAGGACCGCAGUGCUUCCGCUUUCCCAGCUCCCCGUUGGCCAAUGAAAAUGGCUGGCGCCAACUUGUCUUUUCAAGCACAGUUAAUGGGCAGAUUGGAUCAAUUUACCUCUAGGACCACGCAGGGUGUUGGUUGUGUCCAAAUGGCAAGUUGUGAGCUAGGGGAGGGUGGAAAGCGGGAGCUCCUGCAGCCUUUGCUGGUCACACUGGUGUCGCUGGAGUUGUCGGUGUCACUCGUACACAGAGCGCAGUUGUUGCGCGGACGCUUGUUGCCAAAUUCUCUAACAUCCGCCAGAAAAGGAGGUGCUUCCAUAAAUAUGCUUUUAGUUUUCCCUUCGGUGUGGGUAAAGGCAGGUAACUGUCAUGUUCUCCAUUUGAAGCUCUGUGUGUAGUUGUCAGUGUGGCCCAUCUACCUGUCAGCGUACCUUAGCGACAUACAUUGGUGAAAUGCACUGGAGUAGCAACGGCAGUGAGGGUACACAACAUGCUGCGUGUCACCGACUGAUCAGCUCUAAUGCUUCCCCUGCUGGUACACUGCGAAGCUCUUGGAAGAGCUGGCAAUAGGUGUCAUGUGGACAGGGAUGCUGUCGACGUGACGCUUCUCAUUGGCGACGAGAAGUGGCUUCUCUCGGCGGAACAUCUUUCCUCAAAUCCCUUACCACCACUGCCUUCGCAUCAAGUGCCCUGGAGCUCUUUGAGCGCUGAACUUCUCGAAGUGCGUCUGCUUUCUUGCCUCAAGCAACGCAGAACAUCAGUUGUGGAGUCUGUGAUGUGAAACAACUUCUCAGAUCCGAGUGUCAGUUUGAAAUUGGUUUCAGGCACUCUGUGCUCAUACUUACACUUUUGGGGGGGAGAGAACACUGACAUGAUCAAAAAUUCUGCAAGUACUCACAACCAAGUUUAAUGUGAAUUUGUUAUGCAAAUAAUUGAUGGUGAGUUUAGCUUGGUAUGUAUGGAGAAAACUUUCUGCUGCGAUUGUGGUACCACAUACACAGUGAUGGAAAGGGUGCUGUGCUGUCUCAUGCUGUGCCUCGCAUCACAGCUCAGGUUUCAUCAUCUUCUGUGGGUAUUCGCUCUUACUCGGUGACGUGUGUCUGGAUGAAAUGAUUUUAUGCCAGUGCCUAUGAGCUCAGUUCCUAUUGCUGUGGACCUCAGGGUGUCCUGGCUUUCAUUCAGGGCUUCAUCGUAAAAUCUAAUAUAGUUAAUAAAGCAGAUGAUUGUUUAAUGCAGAGAUUUGAUAGCAAAACCACAACUGCGUCACAUUAAACUGUUAAUGCUCUUUUUGAAAGCACAUCUUCGUGUUCAUUUUGGUUUCUGGAAGUGUCGUCGUGGCACUAAUAAGAUGGGUGUUUUACUGAGACGACUGGUGCCAAGCAGAACCCACAGAAUCAGGAGCCGAGUUCCUCGCUUUUACACUAGUGUUGGGUGUCGCUCUGCCCCGCCGUACACUUCAGCCAGGGCGCCGCAAGUCAAAUGGGCAGCAAACCCAACGCUGGGCCCUAACCGGUGGUUACGGUUACGGGAGAUGCCGGCAGUACACGGCCUGCAGUGCCAUCGGUGCCGUUUGCUGCUGUGGCUCACAGAGAACGGCCACUGCACUACAAUUUAUUUUUCUAACCACUUUUUCAAGCUAUCGCUUCACGCGUUUUAUGGCUAUAGCAAUAAAGCGCUGUCUCGCAUGACGUCGCCGCCAGGGACAUGUACACGGUGUCUCGCGCGCGUUCGCGAGCAACCUACGGUACGGCCGUGUCGUUUCCUCUGAGCCAGCACCUCGAACCAGCCGGCCAACUCUCAGGAAUUACUUUUCUCGAUACUUUGAGCCAGUGUGAGGUCACUGAGCUCUUGUAUUUUUUUCUUUUUGCUCUCCAUUGAAAUGCAGAAAGAUCCGAAAAGUUUCAGAUCCCACAGUCAAGUGCAGAAUUUUGACUUCCAACAGUUUACUGGUAAAAAUUAAUUUCAAGGGUUUUCAGCCAGGUUGUUUAUGGUUGUCUCCAUAAAAGCGAAAGUGUUUCCUUCAAGAAAAAAAGGUGCUUCAGAAUGAUUCAUAGUGCAUUAUUAAAUAGAAGGCCAGAACCAUUCGAUUCGCAUUCUUGCUCCAAGGUGCAGCCCUUGAAAGAAAAGUGGGUGUGAGGAAGUGUGACCACGGCGGAGGCCUGCACUUGAUGCACGUACUGUUUUCGGGAGCUACGGGAUCCACACGUAUUAAUAAGCUGCAGUGGCCUUCAGAUGAGGGUGCUGCGUGUGGUCAAAUCGUGUAUUUUGCGGUAAGACGUCUCGUCAAAUGUUAAUUACUGGGAGUGGUAAAAAUACACCGAAGGAAACCGGACCAGUUCGGUCCACUGGACUGUAAGCAAAAAGAUUUUCUAAUGAGUAUAAAACUAAAUAUUAAACAUGUAAUGGGAAGAAGUCAGAAUUGAUGCCAUAUGGAUGUACAUGCGCUCGAAAAAGGAAAGGAACGUCCAUUUGGAAGGAACCUGUUCCCUGUAAAACCGUGUAGGUGUACAAACGUGUAUACCCUGAAUUCUGCUUUGUUUUUAGAGUUAUUUUUCUAUGGACUGAAUAAGACAGUUUUCCUGGGGAUUUGGUGGA